AUGUCUAUCACGGCCGAUGACGAGCUAGCCGUCAGAUACUCAUCUGGUGGAUGGAAAUCUGCAAGGCUCAUCAUUGGUGUAGAAAUGGCGGAGCGGUUCGCGUAUUUCGGAAUAUCAUCGAACCUGAUAACGUACUUGACAGGGCCAUUAGGUGAGUCAACAGCUUCAGCUGCUGCAAAUGUGAACGCUUGGAUUGGAACGGUGUCGUUUCUACCCCUUCUCUGGGCGUUUCUAGCUGACGCGUUUCUCGGCCGUUUCCGUACUAUCACCAUCUCAUCAUCUCUCUACAUCUUGGGACUUGGGUUACUGUCGUUUUCAGCUAUGCUUCCUUCUCACUGCGAUGGUCCGAAUCAUCACGUCUCAUGUGCUUCUACUCAGCUCCAAGUGACUCUCUUCUUUAUUUCUUUGUAUCUUGUAGCAAUAGGUCAAAGCGGUUUUAAUAUGUGCCUUAAGGUAUUUGGAGCUGAUCAGUUCGAUGGAAAUAAUCAAAAAGAAGCAAAAGCCAAGAGUUCUUUCUUCAACUGGUUGAUGUUUGGAAGCUGUGUUAGCAUCUUGCUGACUCGUUUGGUCUCUAGCUACAUUCAAGAGAAUCUAAGCUGGUCAUUAGGUUUUGGUAUUCCAAGUGUUUUCAUGCUACUUGCUCUGUUUCUCUUCCUCCUUGGAACUACCUCUUACCGUUUUAGUGCUGAGGAGGGACGGAAGAAGAACCCUUUUGCUAGGAUCGGUCGUGUUUUCUUGGAGGCAGUUAAGAACAGAAGACAACAAGAUUUAGAUAUAGCUAAUCCAAAUGAAACACUUCUUCUCAUGCCUCAACAGAGUUCCAUGCCAUUCAGAUUUCUAGACAAAGCAGCGAGUUCAUGUGACUUUGAUGAAAUUCAAGAAGCAAAAGCAGUACUUAAGCUUGUUCCCAUAUGGAUUACUUCCUUAGUCUACGCCAUUGUGUAUGCGCAAUCUCCUACUUUCUUCACAAAACAAGGAGCCACAAUGAACAGAUCAAUCUCACCAGGACUCGUAGUCCCUGCCGCUACACUCCAAUGUGUCACAAGCAUAUCAAUUAUAGUCUUCAUCCCACUCUACGAUUGUUUACUCGUCCCAACCGCAAGAUCUUUUACUCAAAACCCGUCCGGAAUCACAAUGCUUCAAAGGAUUGGCACAGGGUUGUUCUUCUCCACUUUUGCUAUGGUAGUAGCCGCCUUGGUCGAGACCAAAAGGCUACAAACCGCUAGGGAUGAUAUCACCACACCGAUGAGCGUGUGGUGGUUAGUUCCGCAGUACGUUAUCUAUGGAGCUGCGGACGUGUUCACAAUGACUGGUUUACAAGAGUUAUUCUAUGACCAAGUCCCUAGUGAGCUUAGGAGCGUUGGUAUGGCCUUGAGCCUAAGCAUAUACGGGGCUGGAAAUUUCCUAAGCAGCUUUAUGAUAUCAGUCAUAGAUAGAGUCACAAGCCAGUCUGGUCAAACGAGCUGGUUCGAUAACGACUUGAAUCAGGCUCAUCUAGAUUACUUCUACUGGCUACUGGCUUGUCUCGGUUUCAUUAGUUUAGCCUCCUUCUUGUGGUUCACCAAAUCAUAUGUCUACAACAGAUUAAGCAGCUAAUAGAGAAUUGUCUCUUUUAAAAAUCGGUUUAGGCGUCGCCUAAUUACGGCAUAACGGUUUCUUGAAAAUCAAUGUUGAAGAAUAUUGUUGAGUGAAGUGACUAUAAACUGAAUGUGG